UUUAUGUAGGAAAAUUUUCACAGGACUUUAACAACGGCGGAGUAGAAAGCUUUAGGUCACCAAACCAAAUACAAGUACACUCAAGUGCCAUUGCUAUGGGCAUCGUACAAUACCUCCAAGUCAUGCUGUUUGUAUUCAAUUUGACACUCUCCUCUGUGGCAAAGAAAGCGGUAAAUUGUCAAAACUUCAAGUUUGCUAUCGAUGAAGAUGUCGUCCAUAAUCACAUUCUUAAGGGUCACGUGUUUCAAAGAUUAACAGUGCCCAAUGCCAUCCAGUGUCACUUGAAGUGCAAAGAUGACUGCCUGUGUGUAUCUAUGAACUAUUUCCCUCGCUCCAAAGAAAAUAACUGCGAACUUAACGUUGCUAAUAAAGACAUGGAGCCAGCGGCGAUGAAAUGGAUGCAAGGAGGAAAUUAUUACGAUUUGGUGAGGAGCUACACGGUGAAGGGUGGAGACAGAUACGCACCCGAGAAGCAUCAUUGCAUCAACAGAUGCUGCCGCACCAAUCCUUGUCUCAAUGGAGGGGUAUGUCAGGAGAUUUGUGACACUCACAGCACCAGGUUUAACUGUACCUGUCCUAACACAUACUCUGGUCAGCGGUGUGAGAAGAAGAUGAAACAUCCGAGAAGCUGCAAAGACAUAGCUGAGAACGGUGCCUCGACAUCAGGAAAAUACGACAUCUCAAAUUCAGACAAUGAACGGUUUUCUGUUUACUGUGACUUGCAGUCUGAACCUGGCUUUGUAUGGACGUUAAUACAAUCGUUUUCCUUUUCCAAGAGAAAUACCUUCAAUUAUGCAGGGUUUGGCAAAAACCUUGAGAUUGAUAUUGAAGAGGGGGAAGUAAAUUGGAACGAGUUCCGACUAUCCUUAUCACAGAUGCAGUAUCUUGCUAAUCACUCUACAUAUCUGAGAGCAACUUGUAACUUUUCUACGGAUGGCCUGCAGUAUACGGACUACGCACGCGCUAAGUUGGCAGGUCAUGACAUUUUUGGUACCUGGAACACCUGCCAGAUGUACGAAUAUGUCAAUAUCCGAGGAAUUUAUUGUUCUAAUUGCACCGCUUUCACAAAACAGAAGGAAGAUGUGUCCUGGCACAUAAGAAGUUACAAUAGCAUAAAAAAUGGAUGUGAAUUUAAUGGAACACCAGGUGGAGUCUCCGAUGAAAACAAUUUCGGAAAAUUUGACAAAAAUUUCUCAAAUCCGGAUCACCGCUGCUCGUUUUCUCCUGCUUCUACAACGCAGCAUUGGUUUGGAGCUAAAUGUGACGAAGCAAAGCAAAAAUUGGAAAAGUCAGAGGAGGCAUCCUGGCACAUAAGGGUUUGUGAUAGCAUUGAGAGGGGAUGUGAAUUUGAUGGAGGAGCAGGAGGACUCAUCGACAAGGAAGACAAUUUCGGGGAGUAUGGCUGCAACGAUAGCAAUCAGGAUCACCGCUGCUCGUCUUCGCCUGCUUCCACAACCCAGCACAGAUUCAAAGUCAGUGAGCUUGCUGUUGGAGAAAGAAACAUACUGCUGAGCGAGAAAUUUAAAACAAAGAUGAAAGAAGAAGAGAAGGCAAGUGGAAUUGAAUGUCAUUUGAGUAGGUUGGAAAAGGCUCUGGAAGAAAUAGCCGCAGCCGCAGCUGAAGAAACCGUAGAAAACGAUAAGAAGAAAACUGACAACGCAAAAGCAGCGGAAAUGAGAAACAGAGGCUGUAGAAAACCUGAGCGGAACACAGGAAAGGCAGCGGAAUGA